AUGAUUGACCCGAAGAAGGCGUCGCUGCCCGUGCAAUGGCAGAACGACGUCGAACCCCCCACGAAGGCCCAAACGCAACGCGCGGAGCAGGACUUCUGCAUCGAGGCGGCGAUGAGGCUCAUCGAGAAUCAGGAGGCUGUGACCCGCUUCUGCUGUCGAGCGGCGGGGAAGGACGUGGGCUCCUGGGCUCGCGGGAACCCGACAAAGAGUGAGUUGGCAGAUCCCUAUGCCAGGCCGAAUUUGGAUGUGGCACCUGCAGUGAAUGUGGUCCUGCGGGCUGUGGCCAGCAGCCUCUUGAAGGGCGAUGCAAGCUUUACGCAAAACGUCCGGGACCUGGUGCAGUCCGAGACCCAGCUCUCUGGCUCCGAUCUGGCCGUGCUCGCCGCCUGCAUCGCCUACCUCCGGGAUCGCGUCGGCUCGCCGCGCGACCUGUCAAUGCCUGCAGCAAAGCUCCUGAAGACGGAGGCCCAGAAGGAGCAAGCACGUCCUAAGCGGCCCAAGUGGCGGCUUUGCUUCCGCUUGGACCGGAGGAUGGCCACGGCCAAGGAGUCCCUGGAAGACCUUGCGCCCAAAUACCAGCGCGACUUCUUCCUCACUGUGAUAGAUCCGCCGUGGCACGGAAUCUUCAAGGAUCACCCACCGGCGCCCUUCUUCGCUUCCAGGUCCGCCUGUCAUGUGGCAGAUUUGAUGGCCAGUCGGCACAUGAUCUCACAGCUGCCGGGCAGAAGCUAUGAAGGGAAGGCUGUGUGUGUCAUAGGCGCUGAGUGUAUGACCGCCGGCCUGGUGUGUGCAAUGCUGGGUGCCAAGGUGAUGUUCGUAUGCGAGCGGAACCUGGAGUCCUACUUCCAGCACAAUGUGCGCCUGUUCCGGCGGGACACCUUGGACUAUACCAAGACCAAGGGCAAGACGCUGUUGGUCACCUCCUGUAGCCCUGGGAGGAAUGCCAGCUUUGGAGCGGCUGCCCUUUGUGAGAAGCUGCAGGUGCCUUCCAUUGACAUGAUCGUCUUGACGGAGCUCAGCGCCGCGCGGGUGCUGGGGGACGUUGGCGGCCUGCUGGGACGCCGCACGGAGGCCACAGCCUCGGGCUUCUUUCGCAUGCUCAACAACCUGGUGCCUGCACGCUCAUGCUGCAAGACCCUGGUGGUUUGUGACCAAAGCUCUGCAGAGAUCAUGGAGGAGCCCCGUUUCAAGGGCGAUGCCUCGAUCUCCACCUCCACGGCCCCGUCUUGGCUGGAUGAGAACGUCCCACCAGGGCUUGCAGCCGUACUUCCAAUGGACUGGCAAGCCCGGACAUUUUGUCAGCUGCCGCAAAACAUACAGGUGAUCUGGCUCGAGCGGCCAGAUGCUGAAGUGGUGCGACAGCGGCCUGCGCCGUUGGUGAAUCGCCCGCCCAUGCCGCCCAUGGGUCCGGGGAGCUGGGUGCUACAUCUUCACGAUGUGGAUGUGGAGGGCACCUUCAAAGGCUGGCCGUUUGAUCGGCGGAUUCACAUGAAGACACCCAAAUGGCUCCCAUAUUCUGCCCCAGCAGAUGGAGCAGCCAAAGAUGUUUGGGAUGCUUUGACUUUGAUGGAUGCGUCGAUGGAUGGUUCUGGAAAGAUCAUUCUGCUCUAUUCUGGCUACGUGAUCAGCCCAGGGGAACGAGACCGUGAGUUUCAAGCGGGCUGGAAUCGUGAGCAUGUAUGGCCAAGGAGCAAAGGAGGCUUAUCUACACGUAGCCCUGGUCCCGGCACGGAUCUGCACAACCUCCACGCAGCGGAUAUCUCCGUGAAUUCGGCGCGUGGGAACAAAGACUUCGAUGACUUGGUGGAGACGGAUGAUGGGGUCCAAGUGGUCGUGGACUCUUCUCCUCCACCGGGCUACGACUCCAUGAAACGGCUGUGUUUGGUUUCGGAGGAUGCUUGGGCACCGGGCGAUGCUGCCAAGGGCACCGUGGCUCGUGCUUUGAUGUACAUGGCCUGCAUGUAUGCUGACCAUGGCCUACGUUUAGUCGAGGGCCAUACAGCUGAGGGUCACUUGCAACUGGGGAACCUCUCUGCCAUCCGGCGCUGGGCCGGUGCAUUUCCACCCAGUCAGCGGGAGAAACGCCGCAAUGACUUGGCGGAAUCCUUGCAGGAGAACCGGAAUCCCUUUAUCGACGAUCCUGACCUUUGCUCCGCUGUGCUAAGAGAGGCUCGAGCAUGGGCAGACAGUGUGUCAUUGAGCAAGACGGCGACAUCCACUACCAGCUUACUCCGGAAGGAGCCGACGGCUGGCCAGCCGACAGGUGCCGUGAGCCCAAUGGGCAAGCUUGGAAAGGUCAUCGAGCCGCUCAGCGCACGGAACAGCAGGGAACUGCGUGAGACCUCACGGAUCACCAGCAGCAAAGGCAGCCGCAGUGCUCGCGGUCCCAACAUCGCGGAGCGCCAUGCGGCACCGCCGGUCUGGCGCGCCGGGAGAAGGAGUUCGGUGGGGUCGGAUGCGGCCUCUCCAAUGCAUUCUCAAAGUUUGCAAUUUGCUGUGGCCACCUCAGUGGCGGCGGAUGCGGCGCGGACGAGCCUCGGGGGGAAGCGUUUGGUGGAGGAGGAGGUGAAGAGCUUGGAAAAGGUCUGUGCUGCUUACGCUAGCAGAGACCCCGUGAUCGGCUACUGCCAGGGAAUGAACUUCGUGGUGGCUGUGUUGCUCUUGGCUUCAGGUGGCGACGAGAUGGAGACCUUCCAAUGCUUCGUUGGUUUGGUGCGUCACUUGGAUCUUGUGACCUUUUACGCUGAUGGCUUCCCAAGACUUCGAGCUUUUGCUCCGGAGCUCUGGUUCAGAGAUCUCGAGGAGCUUGCGCUCGGUGCCCCGCGGGGAGCAAGACGCCCAAACCUUGGGCUUUGA